AUGGAAUUGGACAGUGAAUUUGGUAGUAGUGAGGACUUGGGUAUAUACGUUUACCAUCCUACUGACAACGCCGAACGGUCCUCGAAAAGACGCAAGGUUUCCACGAACAUUGAGAACAAGCCACAGAAAAAGAACCAGUCGCGAGUAUUUGUUCCAUUACUCGGGGGCAAAGAAUCAGCAGAUUUGGUAGAUGUGAGAAAAUCAACAUUCGAAGAACUGUGGUCUUCCCAGGAAGAACGAUGCAGGAGAGUAAUUGACGAACUUGACUCUGGAAUCCUGAAGGAUAUCACGUCUUUUGUGGAAACCGCAUCGCCGGACGCCUACAACGGAUGCAUUCCUACGUCCCUCGUCACCAUCGGAUCCAAUGUAUCGGCUCUCCCCAGACUUUUAGACAUACUGCACCGGCGUUUGAUUAGCGACAAAUCCGGCCAGGUGAUUUUGUUGGAAUCAGGGGACGCUCCAAAUCUCAAGGCAGUACUGAAGACAAUCAUCAGAACUGCUGUUACAAGUACAUCUGGAAAUGAUGCAUAUCAGAACUUGUUCGCGGAUAAAUCGGGACCUCGAAUGUUGCCAUAUGACUUAAAUGUCUUAUAUCAAUAUGUCAUAAGCCAAGGGUCGAAAUCAUUGGUGCUUGCAUUCCGAGACAGUGAGGCGUUCGAUUCCGGCGUGCUGAAUGAUCUACUAUCCCUGCUCAGUUCUUGGGUUGAUCGGCUACCACUCGUUCUGCUUUUCGGUAUCUCAACUACUGUUGAACUAUUUGAAGGCCGGCUUUCUCGGUCUACUGUGGCUUUACUGCACGGAAAACAAUUUGAGAUACAUGAAGCCGAAGGUGCCAUCGAUCGUAUAUACGAAACCUUGCAGGCUAGUCCUGAUACGAAAUUGUGGCUCGGACCACAUCUAAGUACAUCUCUGAUUGAGAAGGCCAGGGAUCACUUUCAGGGUCCGGAAGGGUUCAUUCGUGAGGUCAAGUAUGCAUACAUGUCACAUUUCUUCGCCAAUCCUCUUAGUAUUCUACUAUCGUCCUUCAGUUCGAAACAGAAAGAAUUGUAUGAGGCUGUGCGAAACUUAAAGUCCUUUAGAAGUUUCUGCGAGCAAUUAGUCGAAGAAAGCAAAGCAGAGUCUGUCCGUGCCCUUUUAGUGGAUGAUGACGCUCUCCGGAAACAAGUGCACGAGUCUAUAGAAAACGGACUGACUCAGAUGAAAGAGCUCUUUUAUACUAUGAACACACUACGGUCGGUUCAGAACAUGCUACAACUUACCAAGGUGAAUAACAAUACGGAUACGUACAUUCGUGGUCUUUCUGGAGAUCUAAGCAAUUCGACCUCCAUUAAAGACCUCUUUAGUCGAUUGCAGAAAAUCGACUCAGAUAGUUUUAAAGGCAUCUUGGCUACCCUCCAAGAGGGAAGUAAUAUGUCAGCACCACUCGUGGACGUCAGUCAAUACGAAGAAGACCUUCAGAGUUUACUGGCUAUACACAACUCAAACAGCCCCCUACGCAGCGAACAUGAUGAUCAAAACACCACCAUCAAAACAUCGAUUGCUCAAGACAAAGUGAACCUGACCAAAACCAAAAAGAAGAUAUCCAACGUGGAUGCCGCUUAUACUGAAGUACUUGAGAAGUUCCUCGAGGACUUCGAGACAAGCCUCUCUUCGAAACUGAUCAAUCCUCAAAACCUCUUCCUGCAUGAGGUGUUUGUAUUCGACCUCCGAAACCCAUUACGAGACACAUUCGCGCCGCGCGUUAGGUUCAGUAUUGAGCGCGCUUUAUCUACACCAUUUGACUACCUAGCAUCCACCUCAUCUACAACCGGCGAAGAAGGAGGAAAUCUGUCCGCAAGACAACCCGAAACUGCUAUCCUUUACCAACUUUACCUCGAAUCAGGAUCUUUGGUCAAUGUAUUCGAUCUAUGGAAGGCAUUCUCCACCAUUAUCUGCGGCGAAGACAGUGAUACUGAAAGUCGUAUUUGCGAUGAGCGACUCGCGUUAAUGUUGUUCUACCGGGCUAUGUCAGAGUUAAAGACACUGGGUAUGAUAAAGCCCAGUCGCAAGAAGAUUGAUCAUGUUAGCAAGUCCGCUUGGAAAGGAUUGUAAUAUAUGGUUGUGGGAACAGAAACAUGCAAUCAUAUAUAUGGCUAUCGUUCGUGAUCGUAAUGCAUCGGGUAUCCA